GUCUCAGCCAGCACGGACGGAGUUGUUUCUGACAUUUGAAUGAAAAACAUUUUGAAUUGCUACCACUUUGGACAGAUGAAAUAAUGGCUUCAGCCUUGGAGCAGUUCGUGAACAAUGUGCGGCAGCUCUCUGCUCAAGGUCAGAUGACACAGCUGUGUGAACUGAUCAACAAGAGCGGGGAGCUGUUGGCCAAGAACCUGUCCCACCUGGACACUGUACUGGGGGCCUUGGACAUCCAGGAGCACUCCUUGGGCGUGCUGGCUGUGCUGUUUGUGAAGUUCUCCAUGCCAAACAUCCCUGACUUUGAGACGCUCUUUUCCCAAGUCCAGCUCUUCAUCAGUACCUGCAAUGGGGAGCACAUCAGAUAUGCAACAGACACUUUUGCCAGCCUCUGCCAUCAGUUGACAAACGCCCUUGUAGAACGGAAACAGCCAUUGAGAGGCGUCGGCAUUCUAAAACAGGCAAUAGACAAAAUGCAGAUGAACACAAACCAACUUACCUCAGUUCAUGCAGACCUGUGUCAGCUGUGCUUGUUAGCAAAGUGCUUCAAGCCUGUCCUCCCAUUUCUUGAGCUUGACAUGAUGGACAUCUGUAAGGAGAAUGGCGCCUACGACGCAAAGCACUUUCUAUGUUACUACUAUUACGGAGGCAUGAUCUACACGGGUCUGAAGAACUUUGAAAGAGCACUGUAUUUUUAUGAACAGGCAAUAACCACUCCAGCUAUGGCAGUCAGUCACAUCAUGUUGGAGGCCUAUAAGAAGUACAUCCUGGUCUCCUUGAUUCUACACGGCAAAGUGCAGCAGCUCCCCAAAUACACAUCACAGAUAGUUGGGAGGUUCAUAAAGCCUCUCAGCAAUGCCUACCAUGAGCUUGCUCAGGUGUAUGCCACCAACAACCCAGCAGAACUGCGCACCCAGGUGAACAAACACAGCGAGACCUUCACACGCGACAACAAUACAGGCCUUGUCAAGCAGUGCCUGUCAUCCCUCUACAAGAAGAAUAUACAGAGGCUAACAAAGACUUUCUUGACGCUGUCCUUGCAAGACAUGGCAAGUCGAGUGCAGCUGUCAGGGCCCCAGGAGGCGGAGAAGUAUGUCUUGCACAUGAUUGAAGAUGGCGAGAUCUAUGCCAGUAUCAACCAAAAGGAUGGCAUGGUCUGUUUCCAUGACAACCCGGAGAAAUACAACAACCCCGCAAUGCUUCACAAAAUUGACCAAGAGAUGCUGAAGUGUAUAGAGCUGGAUGAGAAACUAAAGUCCAUGGAUCAAGAAAUCACAGUAAACCCGCAGUUUGUGCAGAAGAGUAUGGGAACGCAGGAGGAUGAUGUAGGCAGCAAAACGUCAAGUUACUCCUGAGGGCCAUGGACAGGGGAGAACACUGCCACCCUUACGGUUCUCAUUGGAUGACUUUUUUUUAAAGUGGAAAAACAUUCUAUUGAGUAUGGACAUUGGUCAAGGAAAAUCUAAAUGUGUGGAAUGAUAAUUUGGUUAUUUCUUUCACGGUGUCUUGAGGAAACCUAAACAAAAAAACAAUUUUGUCAGUGUUUUAUUUAUCAUUGUUCAGGCGGAAGAGCCACUGCUGCAUUAACAACCAUAAUAAUAAAAACUGGACUUAUUUGUUCAAAAGGAAUGUGUGCUAAAGCACCGUUUUUCUGUUGCAUGAUAUAUAUUUUUUUUUAGGAAUUUCCUUAUAGGAUAACAUGCAACAUUUGAGGAAAUCUUAAGUCUCAUGUUUCGAAGAUCAGUAAUUUCCCUCGACCUGCUAGACAAAUUUUCUGGUAUAUCACAUGGAGAUUUGACAACAAAAACAAGGCUGUACUUCUGCCCAUGAACAAAUGUAGAGAGGAUAGUACAGCUUAAAAAAAUAAAACAAUUGGUGCACUGUUUUUUUCCAUCCCCUAGAGGUCUCUCGUGUACUGUGUUGUACUGUAGUUUGCAUUUACUGCAGGUGGGAUGAGCUCUGAGCUGGAGUCAUACUUAUCUGUUAUCUGGAAGGACUCAAGAAUACAUUGAUUCAGUAAAUUGACACAAUUUUGGAUUAAAUGGAUCACAUCACA